GAGAGGGACGCGGUACAAGCGGGUGACCUGCGCUGGGACCUGAGCGUCUGAGCGGAUUUUAACAUGUGAGAAAACAACAACUGUCAGCGUAACUUCAAGAUUCACACCAAGGAUUUGCAGAGAAAAGUUUUUUUCCCCCGAGGAUAACAGUCGUCGGGAGGAAAAGAAGUUGGCGAAUCCGCUCCAGAGGCCUGACAUGCCACAGGGGUCCCAUUCGGCUCUCCACCAGGACCCAAUGGGGGAAGAAUCUCCUCAGUUGUCCUCGCCCCUCUCCACCAAUGAACAUCACCGGGCAAACAAUGACUUGGGCCCAGACUAUAGCCGGCUAUGUGUGGAGCUAUCGGACGGAGACGGAGAACGUCCAGUGAGUCUGGUGUCCACCCUGUCCUCCGGCUCAUCCCGGGAUAGUCGCAGCCUCUUUGGAAGCACCGCAGCCCUUCCUUCCUCCACCACUCCACCCAUACAGAGUGAGGAGGACAUAGACCUUGAGCUCAGCCCAGCUGAAGGCACUGGAGAGCGGCCAGCGGACCAGAGUCCCACCCUCACAUGUUCCAGGGGGCGCUGGCGGGAACGGCUGGAGCCCAGGGUGAUCAGCAACCAGUGGAACAACAACGCCACAUCCAACAGGAAGGCAAGUGGAGAAAAACCUCACAUCCUCGCCUCGCCUGUCGUUACGCACGCCAUGGCGCCCAACCCAAAGCUGACCUAUUUGGAUCGUGUUGUCAUGGAGAUAAUUGAGACGGAGCGCAUGUACGUCAAGGACCUGCGCAGCAUCGUGGAGGACUACUUGGCUCAUAUUAUCGAUAUGAGUAACCUUCCCAUACAGCCAGAGCAAGUGUGUGCUCUGUUCGGAAACAUAGAGGACAUCUAUGAGUUCAACAGUGAACUGCUGCAGUCCUUAGACAUGUGUGAGAAUGACCCCGUGGCCAUCGCUCGAUGCUUUGUCGAUAAGAGUGAAUACUUUGAAAUAUACACUCAGUAUUGCACCAACUAUCCCAACUCAGUGGCAGCACUGACCGACUGCAUGAGGAGUACAACUUUGGCCACGUUCUUUCGGGAUCGACAGGCUGCUCUGAAGCGCUCCCUCCCUUUAGGCUCCUAUCUGCUAAAGCCGGUCCAGAGGAUCCUGAAGUAUCACCUGCUGCUUCAGGAAAUUGCAAAGCACUUUGACUCGGACGAGGAGGGCUAUGAGGUCAUUCAGGAGGCCAUCGACACCAUGACCGGCGUGGCCUGGUACAUCAACGAUAUGAAGAGGAAACAUGAACAUGCUGUCAGAGUGCAGGAGAUACAGUCUCUUCUCAUCAACUGGAAGGGUCCUGACCUGACCACCUAUGGAGAGCUGGUGCUGGAGGGCACCUUUCAUGUCCUGCGGGCGAAGAACACCCGUACACUCUUCCUCUUCGAAAAGAUGCUUCUCAUUACCAAGAAAAGAGGAGACCACUACGUCUACAAGAUCCACAUAUCAUGCUCCACCCUAAUGCUACUUGACAGUGCCAAGGAUCCCCUGCUCUUCAGUGUUAUCCAUUUUAAGCAUCCCAAGCAACCCCAUACAGUGCAGGCCAAGUCGGUAGAGGAGAAGCGUCUCUGGGCCCAUCACAUUAAGAGGCUCAUUCUUGAGAACCACAACACCAUCGUCCCGCAAAAGGCAAAAGAAGCCAUCCUGGACAAUUCAAUCUAUCCAGGGAAGUACUACUAUAGUCCUGAGAGGCUGAAAAAAGCAGAGUCCUGCCAAGCUGAUGACUUCCAUCUUGGAGGGUGGAAUGGGAGAAGGAGAUCAGAGCCUGCAAAACAAAUCAUAAGAAGCACAAAAGCUGUUUUGAAGCACGCAGACAGUGAGGGUGCACUGCUGGGGGAGAGGUGCUCCCUCCAGCCGCCCACUAGUGUCAGUACGCUGGCCUCCUGUCUAAGUGAGUCCCAGGCUGAGAGGCCAUGUGUGGAGGAUCUAAUCCCCAGAAGGGACUCCCUGGAGCAUCUAAGUCCUACUGACAGUGACCCGAAACUGGACUCUCCAUCCAGUGAAGUGGUGCUGGAGAAGGCAGAGGAGGCAAUGGAAGAGAAGGAGGGGGAGAGUUACAAGGAAGAUAUACUGAUGGGAGAUGACCAGGUAGCCGACUUUGCCAGCUCAGUGCUGGCAGCCAUCUCCUGCUGGCACUAUAGAGCCAGGGCUUUGCUUUCUACUCACUUCACAACGGAUGAUCAGAUUGGAGAUACAGCUGAAUUAAAAACGACACCAACAGAGGAGUUAAACACUCACAGACAGGAGGAAAAACAUGUGGCUGUGAAAGAAACUCCUGUCACACAGGUCAGUGUGGAGGAGCUGUGCCCUCUGGACUGUGUCCCUCAAGCAAGAAAGAGCCUUCAGCUGGAGGUGCAUUACUCCCAGUGCCCCGAGUCUCCGGUCUAUCCUUUGCAACAAGGAGCCGACACACCAGAACCUCAGGAUAACACAAGAGAAACUGCGGAGGAAGAAGAAGAAAGGGAGCGCGAUUCCUCUGUUCUCCAAGUGGAGGAGACGAGUGUACUGACAAAUGGGGAGCUCUCAGAAGACGAAGAGGUGCUUUCAGACAAUAAAAGCAUCCUACCUUCCUCCGUGUUGGACCAGGCAAGUGUGAUAGCUGAGCGCUUCAUCAGCAACCUUUCGAGGCGGAGCAGUCUGGUUUCAGAGGACCUGGGGUCCCUCGCGUGCCCCUCACCCUCAAUAGAUUAUGACCUCUUCAAAAGCCCCUCAGCUUGCAUGGAUUUAGAGCAACAGACUAAAAUGCUGGCCAGCUCUUUCCCAGAGCCACAGGUCAUCUCCGAGAUUGAUCUGUCAACGCCUGCACCCGAUCCCGCACUGAGCGCCCUUGUUGAAGAGGAACACAGGUCCACUCUUUCUAAACAAGAUCUCCUCCUCAUCCGCAAGAUCAGAAGAUACUACGAGCAUGCGGAGAACCAAGAUGCUACCUUUAGCAUCAAGCGCCGUGAGAGUCUCUCCUAUAUCCCAGCAGGUCUGGUCCGGCACCUCAGCCGACAGCUAAACAGUAUUCCUAAGGAGCAGGCCGUCCCGGUUCAUAGGAAAGGCCUCUCUCGGAACCGCCCCACUUCCUGGUCAGUAUUUGACCUUCCUGGCUUGGAAAGGAGUCGAAACACUGACUCUCAUCAAAAGACUGAUCCACAGGGACCAGUGGUAGCUAAGGCUAGAUCUCAGAGCAUCACAGAUGCCGCUACCACAGAGGAAGAGUUCAGAACCUCAUCGGACAUGCUCAAGGUCUGGAAAGACAUGGAAAUGGAGGAGGACAGCCAGGAAGUCCUGCAAAAUCCAGAGGAGAAAGUUAACCACUCAAGAUUAGAAACGGCAUGGGAUGUCAGCUUAGAUACGUUAGAUGUUAAAACCAGUAAGCAACCACCUCCUAUUUUAGAAGAGUCUGAAAAAGGCACUGCCUCAGAUGGCUCCUUCCUCUCAUCUCCCACCAUAACUUUUCCAGCAGUAGAAGGGGGAUCGUGUCAGGACUCUAUGUCUCCAGACAGGAGCUGCGUCAACCAUGGCCAACUACCUAAGAUAAUUGGCUUCCGAACAAGCUUGGAUGAAGACCAGAUCCUACAAGACAUGGGGAAGAUGAAGAACAAGGUGUUCCAGCUGGCACGUCAGUACAGUCAGCGCAUCAAAAGUAACAGGCCAAUAGUCUGGCCGAGGAACCGAGAGAGAGCAAAUCAACAGGGCUUCAAGUGUUUGCCUGCUGUCCGUGAGGAGAAGAUGCAAUUGAGGAAAAAGGGUAAACCCAACCUGAGGUUGCCCUUGAACACUUGCGUUCAGUCAGUCGUCCAUGAAGAGCGUUCUCCAAGCCCGGUCCAGACCCCCAGCUCUGGACCCAGCUCCCAGAGCACAGUUACCAGCCCACAAAGCCCAGCGUCAGAGACGGUGACCUUCCACUGGCCUGACGUACAGGAGCUGCGCACCAAAUACACUCCCCACUCUUCAAAAGCAACUCCUGGCUGCACAGUCCACAACGGGAUGCUGGAGUGCUGUACAAACGGGUGUAAUGGAUGUUCACACAUGUACAAUAGCUCCUCUGACCUUCACAACGCUCUGACAGACAGUCAAAGGACUCAGUCUGAAACAGCAUACAAAGAAAGGAGUCAUGAGGUAGAGGACCGGGCCCGGCCCCAGCUUCAGCCCCUGCUGUGCAGGUGGAGCUCCCUGGACCACAUGCUUGGGUCUCUUCCCCUCCAUGAAGUACAGAACUUUCAGGAACCUGUGCGGACCAGCUUCACAACAAGUCAGGUGUCUCUGAAAAUAAGAGAAACUGGCAAAGACGGGCACAAUGUUCUCCAGGAGGACCUAGACUGUACCACAAAGUCUGCUGCCCCGGGUUCAGGGAAAAUGACAGAAAGUAAUCUAGUGAAAAGCUUACGAGAGAGGUUCCAGAGCUUAACCACUAGCUCAUGAACCUGUGAAUUAUGUUGUUUUUUUUAUUCGUUUUUUUUAUCAGGGUCUAUCACGUGGAAAUCAGUUACGUGAUGCUUCUCAACGUUCUCAUUUCCCUUCAAAAGAAUGCAACGUGUUGUCUGCACAUUGUUUCCAGUCAAGGGUACAAGGUGAUGAUUUCUGCAGCAGUGAAACGUAAAGGGAUAUUGGUCAUUGGUGAGGGCCAUGAUGAGAAAGCAUAUUAUCUUUAAAAAAGGUGCAUUGCAAUAUUUGUACAUUAGUAAUUGUCUGCACUGUACAAUACCUGUUUUUGUAAAGAUCUGUAUGUAGUCCCCGGUAAUUGAGGAUUAAGUUGUACUUAUUAUUUGCAUCAAUUUGGUUCCCACACACUGUUGGUGAUUCUUGCUAUAACCACUAUAGCACUAUUAUCAUUUCACCAUGUAAACUGUCAGCUAGAGUUUCAG